AUGUUAGUACUUUUCAACCGACUUCUAAAAAGGAGGACGUUCACAAUUUGGUUUUAAUUCAUUUUCAGAUUUGGAAAUGUAUUAUUUUGGCAUCCAUCAUUACGUCAGUGAUUUGUCAGUACGCGCCCAACACGGCCAUGAGAGCGGACGUCACAUUCGACGACCGCAAUGACAGAUUCGAUUUGACAUCUCUAAUCGACGAGCAGAAUCGUCAAUUCGAUAACAGCAACAUCGAUGGACACGAGCACAGGAGGCGUUCGUUGAAAAAUACGAGAAGAGGCGCGAUUGAAACUUUAAUGAAUAAUUUAAGACGAUACGACUUCUCUGAUACGAACUUUGCAUUUCACGACGAUAUGAACAGUUCCGAAGGUGGCAGUGUUAGUGAUUUCGAAAGGAAUUUAAGAACGUACCGUACCAAAGACAAUAGAAGGUUUGGAAGCUACGUUGAUUAUUUACAUGGAGGCAUAGAGAAAGUGGCGCCAUCGAGACGAAGUCACUCAUCUGAUCCGGAAAAAGAAAUACUAAUGCAUUACGCUGUGCCUAUUGAUAUUAAAAUUAAUGGUUAUUUCAAAUUACCUGUAGUUGAAUAAACUUGGAUUAUAAGGACAGUGUCAUCAUACAAAUGUUUCGUUAAA